GUGUUGCCUCUGGAUCAGCAGGAAUUUUAAUCAUCUGUAUCAUUCUUUAUUCUAGAAGGAAGGCCUCAUCAAUUGCUCUACCGAUUUUUUUAGAGAAGAAAGAUGAUCAAGAUCUUGAGGAUUUGAUAAAAAAUCAUGUGCCUUUACCUCUGAAAAGAUACAGUUUUUCAGAUGUCAAGAAAAUGACCAAUUUUUUCAAAGAAAAACUUGGUCAAGGAGGUUAUGGAACUGUAUACAAAGGAAGGCUAACAGAUGGCCAUUUAGUGGCAGUGAAGGUCCUGGCAGCUUCAAAUGGGAAUGGGGAAGAAUACAUAAAUGAGGUAGCAAGUAUUAGUAGAACUUCCCAUGUUAAUAUUGUCACUCUCUUAGGAUUUUGUUUGCAACAUGACAAAAGAGUUCUUAUCUUCGACUUCAUGCCUAAUGGAUCCUUAGAGAAGUUCAUAAAUCAUGAAAAUGCCUUUCAAGCCAGUCAACAACUAGGAUGGGAAAAAUUGUACCAAAUUGUAAUCGGCGUUGCUCGAGGGCUUGAGUAUUUGCAUCGAGGGUGCAAUACAAGGAUUGUGCAUUUUGACAUCAAACCUCAUAACAUUCUUCUCGACACAGAUUUUCCCCCUAAGAUAUCUGAUUUUGGACUCGCAAAAUCAUGUCCUAGGAGGGAGAGCAACGUAUCGUUAAUGGUGGCAAGAGGAACCAUUGGAUAUAUAGCACCAAAAAUGUUUAGUAGAAAUUUUGGGCAAGUUUCAUACAAGUCCGAUGUUUAUAGUUAUGGAAUGAUGGUUCUGGAAAUGGUUGGAGGCAAAAAGAAUCAUGAAGCUAAAAUCACUUCUUGUAGCGAAAAAUAUUUUCCACAAUGGAUUUAUAAGCAUCUUGAGGUAGAUGAUGAAUCUAGAAUUAAUGGGGAGCCUACUUCAGAAAUUAAUGGGGUGCCUACUUCAAAACAAGCUGACAGUGUGAGGAAAAUAAUAAUAGUUGGCUUGUGGUGCAUCUAGACAAAUCCAGCUAAUAGACCAUCCAUGAGUAAAGUGUUAGAAAUGUUGGAAGGACCUAUUGGAGCAUUAAAGAUUCCACCAAGGCCUUUCCUGUCUUCUCCUCCAAGGUUAAUUCCAUAUUCAACAACAACAACAUCAUUAACAUAAAAUUGUAUCACUAUAGUAUGAAAAGAAUGGUCUGUGUCUCAUGAAUUAACAAAGUAGCUUUAUGUGAUUCUGUGAUCUAUCCACAAAAAUAAGAAUAGACUCUGCUUUAAUUAUAUAUUUUAUGGACAAAUUUACAGCCACAUGAGUAAUGUCUAAAAUCGCUUAGCUAUAUGCUUGAUAGAGCUAGACAUGGGACUAAAUACCAAGUCAAGAAUUCUAUUGUUGCUUUAAGUGUAUUGAUAUCAAAUAGUUUUCUAAAUUUUCUUA